AUGUCAGUGGAUAUAGAAGAAAAUGUAAAUACAAAUUUUGCUCUACAAAUUGACGAGUCCACAGAUAUUAGUGAAUUAAUAAAACACACAAAAGGUCAAGAUAUUUUUGAAAUUGUAAAUUCAUACUUCAAACAAUCAAAUAUAUCCUGGAAAAUGUGCGUAGGAAUUUGUACUGAUGGAGCACCUUCUAUGGUUGGAUCUAUUAAAGGUUUUAUUACACUUGCAAAACAAAUUAAUAUAAAUAUAAUUCAUACUCAUUGCUUCUUACAUCGUGAGGCACUUAUUGCUAAGACGUUACCACAAGAAUUAAAAGCUGUACUAGAUCAAACUAUAACCAUGGUUAAUUAUAUUAAGUUGAGGCCAUUGAAAUCUCGUCUAUUUAAACAACUAUGUAAUGCUAUGGACGCAAAACAUGAAUGCUUACUAUUACACACUGAGGUAAGAUGGCUAUCCAGAGGAAAAGUGUUAAUGCGAGUAUUUGAACUAAAAGAAGAGUUACUAGAAUUUUAUAGCACAGAAGGAAACAUAACAUUAUGUGAACUUCUUAAAAAUGAAAAAUGGUGUGCUAUGUUAGCAUAUUUAGCAGAUAUAUUUAAUUAUAUUAACGGUGUUAAUACUAACAUGCAAGGACGCGAAGAAAAUAUUUUAACUUCUACUGAUAAACUUUUAGCUUUUCAAAAAAAAAUUGUCAUGUGGAAAAGGAAAGUUACUGAAAAUAAUUUCGAAAUUUAUAACUUAACAUUUCAAGAAGAAGAAGAACUUAUAUCUAUUUCUGCUGAUCAUAGUCCUAAAAUUAAAUUUUCUGAAGAACCGAUUGAAGACUUUUGGAUAUCAAUGAAAGAACAAUUUUCAAAAAUAUCUGAAAAAGCUUUAAUAAUUUUGUUGCAAUUUUCGACUUCAUACCUUUGCGAGUUAGGAUUUUCUACGCUAACAAAUAUUAAAACUAAGAAAAGAGAAAAACUUCUAGGAGUAGAAGAAGAAAUAAGAGUAGCACUGUCGUCUAUUCGUCCUCGUAUCAGUCUAAUUACAAAAAACAAACAAAGCCAAGUAUCACAUUAA